AUGGUACUAGGAUUGGUGUCAAAUUUAGAUAACUUUAGUCAGAAAGAGACUGAGUUAUUCACAUGGAUUGAAGGUAGAUCCGCUGAAAUUUGCAUGGCUAUUUUGAAUACAAAAAUUGGUGUACACAAUGGAUUAAGAUUGGAUAAUAUACUGAAUGGCACUUUAUGUUCUACAGAAGAAUCGUUAAAAAUUUUUUUGAUGCGUUUAUUAUGCAUUUGCUUAACUAAUUCGAAUGUCUUCAUCAACGAUUCACUUGAAAGCAUUGGAGUUAUAUUAGAUCUAGAAUUCUCUCUCAUUAACCAUUCAUGUAUCCCCAACACAUCAUAUCUUCGAACUUCCAACAGUACCUUUGCCUUACUCGCGAAUGUGGAUCUAAUUCCAAGCAGUGAAGUUACAGUAAAUUAUUCAAUUACCAAUUACCCUAAGUUCAUCAGACAAAUGUAUCUCCUGCAACAAUUCAAUUUCGAUUGCAGUUGCAAACUAUGCACUCAAGAGCUUGACUGGUAUUUUUCAUAUAACUGUCCCAAAUGCAAACAAAUCUUGUGUGAUUUAGACCUUCACUACUUCUUUUCCCAAAAAUUCGAGAGAGCAUUCAACUUCAAGGGAGAAGAAAAUAAUAUAUGCUACACCUGCUUCCAAAAAAUUUGUUAUGAUUCAUUAUUCGAUGCUAGAAGAAUUCAUCUAAGAGCUCUAGCGUUCUUGAUUUUAGAAACUACAACACCUUUAUGUGACCAAUUUGAUUUUAACGACCUAAACCUUGAUAAUAUUGUACAACAACUAGACCUUCCAAUUGAACAAUUGAUCUAUUUUAUGUCCAUCUCCUAUAGAACCACGCUAGAUUUGAAUUACUAUUCUCAAAAGGUGAUAGAGAAGUUGCUUAAUGAAUUAGGAAUAGUCGGAGACAUUAUUCCAUCAUAUUGUUUCCCAUACAGCAUAUUUUUCAAUUCGAUGAAAGUUUACCACGAAUCUCUUCUCCCCAUAGAAAUUCUGAGUGUAAGCGCUGAGUUUGUGGUUCAAUAUACGAACUACGCCGUGAACUUGUGUUUCGAAGUUGAUAUUCCUUCAAUUCUGGGUGAAGCAAAGCUUUCCAUAAUUUACCAAUUGAAUAAUCUUGGAAACGAGUUGUUGCGAGUGAUCGAUAUCAUUUUGAAAUCCAAAAAGUCAGACAAACAUUACUUCCAAGGCUCUUCUUGGGCAAAAUACCAAGAUGAUAGUGUAAUUGAAGCGUUGAUAAAAUCAAGUAUUUGUAUUUUAAGGCAAGCCUUGGAGUACUGUAACCAAUUUUAUAACUCAAUCAAUGGAUUGCUGAAACUGAUACAGACAAAUAUUGAGUAUUCCCGCCUCCUAUCAAAUAAAGCAAAAAAAGAGGUACUGCGGCGAAGCAAUAUGUAUAAUGGAGCCUUCAACGAUUGUGACUUGCUAUCUUUUGUAAAUGAUCUUUUCAAAUUGACCAAUGUCACCAACAUUCGAUGCAACAGUUCCAAAAUAGAUGUACAAUUUUCAGAUAGAAAGUUUAUUACAAUUUUCACUCCAUUUGAAGAGUAG